GGUGUUCGUUUAGUGUUGUACCGGCUUUUAGACUAAAAAAAAAACCAAUACUUUUGUCAUUCUUCCUAAGUAUGUAUAGGAGAAAACCUAUCAAAUUAAAAGGCGGAUUUAAUUCUUUGAAUGGGAAGAGAAGGCUUACUGGAGACAAAAAUAACCAACUUGUCCAAAAUGUUGCGGUGCUUCCUUUUCAAUCUUCGGUGGACCCUUCAUCGGUAUCCUCGCAUAGGAACUUACAUAAUGAGGAAUGCGACUACUUCACUUCUCAAUAUAAUGAAGAAGGAAAUUUUAAUAAGAGAGAGAGGCCGAAUAAACCUUACUCAGAUUUAGAUUGUGGAGACCAAAAAGCUUUUGCUAAUAAAAUUGAGUAUUACUUGGAAGAGAUUCUUCGUGGGAAGACUAAUAGUUUGCGGUGCACAUCAGUUGUGAGCUUAGCCCUGCUUUUCUUUGACCAAGGCUUUUCUCACAAGCUCUUUGAAAAAAGUAUAACUCUAGACCUUCAUCAAUUUUUUCUGGAACUUUCUAAUGGAGCUUUCGAACACCAAGAUCUUCUCACAAGCGCUGUAUUUAUGGCGUUGGUCCUCGCACGCAGUGGCACUCAUGAGCCCCUUAGCAACGCCGGAGUGCAAUUUUUGCUCCGCUGCUUAUUUUUGGAUGAUGUGAAGAUCAAUACUACAGUUGACAAAAGUAGUCGUUCAAUAUACAACUCCAUCAUUAAAAAAUUGCAGGGCCUACGACUUGGGCAUCUCAUAGUCGAGGAUCGUCCAUGUCCCAUGUUGAUGGCCCUUUACUGUCUACAGUCUUUAGCUAGAAGCAAAGAAGUGAUACGAGAAAAGCUCUCGGAGGAGCCCGUUAUAAAAACUUUUGUCUCGCGUAUAAAUAAAUUAAUCAGCGGAUUCAUUGAGGGAUCCGAGGUGUUUCACCAAGAUUUUCUUCGCCAAGUUACUAUGAUUUGCCAAAUUUUGGAGAGUCUGACAUUUGCCAGCAUCGAUAUUCUGCAAGAACUUCACGCUCACUGCGGAGAAUCUUUGUUUGAGCAUUUUUUCUUGCUGCUUGACUGCGCUAGCCUGAAACCGAAACACUGUAAUGAUCACGAGACUGCCACGUGCGUUGAGUCUGUUUUAAGAGUCCUGCUGAAUUUUACCAAUACGGCGCGGGCCCGAGUGUCCGUCUACCGCAUUGCAGACCACUUGCGCAUCAUUGCCAGCUGCGCUUUUGUUCUCCCGUUUAAAGCCCAUUUGAUAGAAGACUUUCCUGCUGUUACCUUGUAUGAAACGCCGCCGGCAACUAUUAUUAACAAAAAUCAUGAAAUAGCAAGCGGCACUUUCGUGGAUUUACAGUCAGCACAUAGUGUCUACGAACAUGACUUGCUCAUUAUUGGAGUCAGUCUACUGCUUAACCUCGUCGAGAAGAAUCCCGAAGCCCGCGUGAGACUCGCAUUUACUAAACUUGAUUGGUUCCACACUAAUCUUCUCCUUCAAAAGCUGAAAGAGCAACCUUCCGCUGCUAGUGGCUCUCCACACUCUUUUCUUAGAGAAAUGCCCACGAGGCCGACGGACGUUCUCUGCAUCCUGCUGAGUGUGUUUUGUUUGAUGAAUUCUGCAAAUAGUGUUAUUCAGAAGAGCUUCGAUAUAACCGCCGAAGGAGAGUCGACCAGGCUAACCGCUCAGAGUAGAAUAACCAAUAACAAUGUGGUGGCUGCUCAUUGUGCCUUCUUACUGGCGUGGAUAGUCAACGGCAGCAGCAAACUUCAAGCUGUGCUUAUACUGAUGCUGAAGAAAUACGAAUUGUGCGGAGUCGAUGAUCUCAUUGAUAAGUUAACGGAGUUCAUCGAGUUUCAAAAGUUGGCUCUUGGAGAGGACAUAAACGGACUUGAUAGCAUAAAAAUAGCAAAGAAUUUAUUGGAAGAUUUAAAAAUACGGCAUAACACGGGCCAGCUAGGUUAGAACGGGCUACUAGCCGGUAGCUUGUGCAUUGUCUAUAUUUUGCCCGCUGCUUAUUGUAAGUGCUACUGGCUCAUAAACUUCGUUAAAGAAGUGCCUGUUUUGA